AGAGUUCAGUGAGGGUUUCCACCAUGUUGGAGGCGUUAGUCUGUCUGGUGGGACAGUGGAUCGAUACCAAGGGGGUCCUCCUGUUCCUCUUGGUUCUGUUGGUGACCAAGUACAUCCAUGAUCUGCCGCCUAAGAACUACCCACCAGGCCCCUUCCCCCUGCCUUUUGUUGGGAAUAUGCUGAAUAUCAGCAUCAAGGACCACAUAGGCUCCUUUAAAAAGUUUGUAGAGACCUACGGGGAUGUGACUACACUAGACCUGGGUGGAGGGAACCGCUGUGUGCUCCUCUCAGGUCUCCGAGGCUUUAAGGAAGCCUUUGUGGAUCAGGCCGAUGCCUUCACCGAUCGGCCAUCUUACCCCCUGAACGACAGGAUAAGCAGAGGCUUGGGCCUGAUCUCCUCUAACGGUCACAUGUGGCGGCAGCAGAGGCGGUUUGCCGUGUCCACGCUCAAAUACUUUGGAGUGGGGAAGAAGACUCUGGAGACCUCCAUCCUCCAGGAAAGCCAGUUCCUGUGUGAUGUCUACUUGGCAGAGAGAGGCCUGCCCUUUAACCCUGAAGACAUCACCAACAAUGCAGUGGCCAACAUCGUUUGCACCCUGGUGUUUGGUUGUAGGUUUGAAUACAACGACCACCACUUCCAACACAUGCUGAAAUGCUCUGAGGACAUUUUACAGCUGCCUGCUACCUUCUGUGGACGGAUGUAUAAUCAGUUUCCCACAUUGCUGCACUAUUUACCUGGGAGGCACCAAUCAGCCUUUAUCAACCUUGGUACCAUAAAGCAGUUUAUCAAGGAGGAAGUAGAGAAACACAAAGAGGACAGGAACCCGUCCAACCCCAGAGACUACAUAGACUGUUACCUGGAAGAGAUAGAGAAGAAUCAGGAUGGGGCGGCUGGCUUCACUGAGGAGAACCUGCUGCACUGCGUGGUGGAUCUGUUUGGUGCCGGGACAGAAACAACGUCCAACACCCUUCUCUGGGCAAUGCUGUACAUGGCCAAGUACCCCGACAUUCAAAAGAAGGUGCAAGCGGAGAUCGAUGAGGUCAUAGGUUCGGCACGCCAGCCCUCAAUGGAUGACCGAGCCGACAUGCCAUAUACCUACGCUGUGAUCCACGAGAUCCAGAGGUUUGGGAACAUCGUCCCCUUCACGCCUCCCAGAGUGGCCAAUAAGGACACCACCGUGGCGGGCUAUCUAGUGCCCAAGGGAAUGAUGGUGCUUCCAAUGUUAAAACCAAUCCUACAGGACAGAGAUGAGUAUGCAACCCCUAACCAGUUCAAUCCUGGACAUUUCCUGGAUAAAAAUGGAAAAUUUGUCAAAAAAGACAAUUUUAUCCCAUUUUCUAUAGGUAAGAGGAUGUGUCCAGGGGAGCAGCUGGCCAGGAUGGAGCUGUUUCUGUUCUUCACCUUUCUGCUCCAGAGGUUCACCUUCACACCUCCACAGGGCUGGGAGCUGGGCCUGGAGGGCCAGGUGGGCAUCACCAGUGGACCAAAGCCCUUCAAAAUCUGUGCCUUGCCUCGAUGAGACGCCUUGGGUGAAUCUCUAUUGUAUUUUGUUGAUUCCUUGUGUUCUGUCUCCUUGCCUCCUUCUCAAAAUACAUUGGAGGAAUGUGCCUUGAGAAGGAGACGAGGAGGGAGAAUUUAAGGAAUCAAGAAAAUACGAUUGAUAUGAAUUCCUUGUGCUUUGUGUAGGACUAGGCCCUGCAUGAACUGGUUGAUGAAGAUAAAUAGCAUUGUUUGUCAAGCCUGUCUAAAAUAUUUUGUACUCUAACUGAAGAAAUAUAUGGUAGUAGAGGUGGAGAGAAUUCCAGCAUCCAUCUGGUGCAUCAUGAUGUUUAUAUUGUAAGAGUGGUGUAUUAGAAUUGCAUUCAAAUUCUUUCCUCAUUUUUUUUUUACUGGAAAUUAUAUUUCUGGAAGACAUUGUAUACAAAAUGUGUUUACUUUACUUAUUUACUUCCCUGAAAAACAUAACAUAGCAUUUUUUUUUAUAGCUUGAACAUACUCUGCUCCUGUAAGGUGGCAGGUAAAUUCAAAAUACUACCUUGACGAUAUAUAAUCAGAGUUCAGAAUAUAGUUCAAAGGUCAGUCAAGGCAAGUCCUUUUUAUCUAUACUUACCUUAAUCAUACUAAUUUAAUAUCUUCUGCAAAACAAGACAUGGGCUGACUAAUGAUCAUUUUAACCGUCUAUGUAAAUAACUGUCUCAUGACCGUUCAAAACAGGGUGUAUGAUUAUUAUGAGCUUAUGGAUGAUGAGUGAAACAUCUCAUGUAAUUAUGUUAACUGUUACUGUGGCGUGAAGAAACCAUGCCAUCUCAAUGGAUCCGUGCCCUCUCAUUGGUGCGGGGUGGCACAGAUGUCAUGGGGAACGGGUGACAGGGUGAUGCCAAAGUUGUCGUCCCAUCACGGGCUUCACUCUGGGCGGCAUGGAGAACAAAAACCUCUGUAUGAAGGUGAAGAAGAGGAAUAGCUCCAUCCUGGUCAAGCUCUCUCCCAGACGCAUUAGUUUACCUGGAGGAGAGACAGGAUGGUAGAUUUAAGCAAUAAGGCUCCUCUGACGUUUGUGGUAUAUGGCCAAUAUACCACUGCUAAGGGCUGGUGUUACGCACCGCGGAGUGCCUGGACACAGACCUUUGCCAUGGUAUAUUGGCCAUAUACCACAACCCUCCGAGGAGCCUUAUUACUAUUAUAAACUGGUUACCAACAUAAUUAGAGCAGUAAAAAUAAAUGUUUUGUCAUACCUGUGGUAUACGGUCUGAUAUAACAUGUCUGUCAGCCAAUCAGCGUUCAGGGCUUGAACCACACAGUUUUUAAUCAGUAUUAGCUAAUUACUGUACUUCAUUGUGUGAACAUAAUGCUAUAGACUUCUUAUGCAGUUUGUGAACUAUAUCCCUUUAUUCUUCAUCGUAUACUGACAAAAUAUUUUUUAAAUAAAUUUGUGUUACAUGA